AGAGAGAGAGAGAGCGAGAGAGAGAGAGAGAGAGAGAGAGAGAGAGAGAGAGAGCAUAAAAUGGGCAGAAGAUAAGCUUAUUUAAUUACCAAGAAAGCAUGGGCUUUUCUGCUAUAUCUUAAUUCUUAUCCAUCAGUACCUUUUUUUCUCCCAAGAAAGAAAGAAUAGAAGAAAAAAAAACACAGCCUUUGUUUUUUAAUUUUUGUUGUAAAUGGCAUCCAUUGGUAUUAUUACUGCUUCCAUACAAAGAGCUUGCACCAAGAAACUAUCAACUCAGGCGACAACCGGACGCGCUUUACGAACAACUCAUACAGCAGCCAAUGUUGUCGUUCCGAAAUUAUCCGAAAAAACCGACAACUCUCAUCAUUCUCAAUUACUUACCAGUCACAAUCCAAAGGAACUCGAACAUGGAAUCCACCACCCCGAGAAUCCAGAUGAACAAUUAUCAAAUUCAGAUCGGAGAUUUUCUGACGAGAGAUGGAAAAACGGGACAUGGGAUCUCAACAUGUUCGUGAAAAACGGUAGAAUGGACUGGGAUUCUGUCAUUGUAGCAGAAGCAAAGAGAAGAAAAAUUCUUCAAGUGUAUCCAGAAUCAUCGGUAAACGAAGAGCCAGUGCUAUUUCGAAGCUCUAUAAUACCGUGGUGGGCUUGGAUCGUUCGUUCUCAUCUUCCUGAAGCAGAGCGGCUAAAUGGACGAGCUGCGAUGGUGGGAUUUUUCAUGGCGUAUUUUGUGGAUGGUUUGACGGGGCUGGAUUUGGUGGGGCAAACUGGGAAUUUUGUUUGUAAGGCAGCACUUUUAGUCACGAUUGUUGGGGUGCUCGUUUUUCGGAGGAAAGAAGAUGUUGAGAAUAUACGAAAGCUUGUCGAUGAGGCUACUUUUUACGACAAGCAAUGGCAGUCGUCGUGGCAAGAUCCGGAUGCUUUAAAAGAACAAAUUAUUAUUAGCAAGAAAAAGUGACCAUUCAGCUACAUUUCUGUUAUUUUGUAUGUUUUGCUAACACAAUUGCAAAUGUAGACAUAAUCAACAAAACUACACCGUUUUGUGUUUUUUGGUGGAACAAAAUAUUGACAGAUUA